GGAAUUCUGUCUGAUAAAUUGAUUAUCGAAAGUAAAUGUCAAAGCAAGAAAGUAAUCUAUGUGUAGACGAUAAGUCAGCUACAAAAACUACGGAACCGUCUCGUAAAAAAUCACUUGGUUGUUGUGGAGAGUAUGGGAGUACUGUAGCUCAUGGCCUAUUUCGAAAGAAACAUUUCAAAGAUAUAUUUCAUAAUGAUCUUAAUAAAACUUUAACAACCAUAAGUUUGAUUCUUUAUGGCUUAGGAUUCCAAUUUAGCACUUGCCUGGUGAUGCAGAUUGGUGAUCUCCUCAAUGUAUGUCUCGUCCACUUCUAACGUCUUUUCUUAAUUUCCUCCUCAGCUCAAACCUGGUUUGUUCUCUGCCACAGUACACUGUUGUUGAUGAUAACCAGUCAGCAGACAUUGAGUAUCUUACGUAGACAAUUGUUUAUAAAUACAUGUACCAUUUUGAUUAUGGUUGUAGUAGUUCUGGAAGAUUCAGCAGCGUACAGUAGAACUGCCUUGACGUUCUUAUUGAAGAUUGUGACUUUGAUAUUGGUUGAGAGAAAGUUGUUUUGAGUUGCAUAUGUUGUUCAACUGUAGAGAUGCUGUGCUUACUUUGCCAAUCCUUGUCUCUACGUGUGCAUCAGAUCCUCCACGUUCAUCGAUGAUACUGUCCAGACAGGCACAUGAAUGUUUACAACUAAUGUAGAGCUUCUCCAUCAAGUGUGAUUGUAUUGUUGUUCUCCAUGUUGUGUUUGAGUAUGUUUCUUCCGCCCUUGUUGCAGAGGUUGCUGCUGCUACUACACUACUUGCUUUGACCUGCAUUCGUUUGUGUGUAUGGGAUGGGAAGUGCUAGGUGAUCUGUGAAUUUCAAAUUGUCUAGUUGCAUGCCAGUUGUCCAUUGUAUUACGUGCUUCCCACCAGAUGUGGAGGUCUUCCUUAGUCAAUCGACCACCAGAAGUAAUAGAAAUGCUAGAGGGAAAGAGUAAUUAGCAUUGUCUGAUGCCAAUCUUCACUUGGAAUAUAUUUGUCAGCUGUCCCCCAUGCACCAAUUUGCAGUGUAGUUCGUCGUAUGAAUUCCAUAUGAUGCUGAUGAUCUUUCCAAGUACUCACUCCAUAGUCUCGAAGAAGUUUUCAUGCGGUUCUUUUGUUCACACUGUCAAAAACUUUCUUAUAGUCAAGGAAACUGGUGAAUAGUGACGAGUUCCAUUCAAUUGAUUGUUUAACGAUGAUCCGUGUUGUCAAGAUUUGGUCUGUGCACGACCCAUCCUUACGGAAUCCGAUCUGUUGAUCUAGAAGUUGGGAGUUUGUUCAGUCUUUCAUUCUAUUCAGCAACACUCCGUUGAAAACUUUUCCUGGUACCGAUAGCAUUGUGAUGCUUAUGUAGUUAGUUGCCUUACUUACUCGUACUUUCUUUUUUUUGUAUCCUGAUAAAACAUCCUUGUUCCCAGUCUGUCGUCGGCACUUGUUCUUCAUCCCAAAUCUUCCUGAAUAGAACAUGGAGCAUGUUUACUGUUGCUUCUAUGUGUGACGUCAUUGCCUCAGGUGGUAUAUUAUGAGAUCUUCAUGCUUUUCCACUCUUGAUUUGUUUGAUGACCGGCCAUCCUGAUUUCUUCAAUCGUUAAAGGAGUGAAAUAUAUAGGAAGAUUUGUUUGUGGUGUUUCGAUGUCCGGCAGGUCCAGGGGGGCUAAUGUAUUCUCCUGAUGUUUAGCAUGUAUGCUGGAUGGAGGCAUUUAUGUGUCGACUGGUGCUGUAAUAAAUGCACAAACUGGACCGAGUGCUUUUCUUGCUUAUAUUAUAGCUACUUUUGUAGCAAUAUUAAAUUCUCUGAUAUAUGCAGAAUUAGCAUGUCAUGUUCCAAAAGAUGUUGCAUGUUACGGACAUGCACACAGCAUUCUUGGUGAACUCCCAGCAUUCAUAACUGCAUGGUCAACGUUUAUUGAUUACAUACUAAGUGCAUCACUAGUUGCACGUAGUUGGAGCAACAUAAUCGACACUUUCUCAGGAAACAGGAUCAGUUCGUGGAUAAUAAUUACAUUUGGAAGAUUAUCAUCUCCAGAUGGAUUGUUGUCAGAAUAUCCUGAUUUCCUCAGUACGAUAGUGAUUCUUAUUUUUGGCAUUUGUUGUUGUUUUGGACUACGUAAAAAUUUAGCUUUGACCGUGAUCUCAAGUGCCGUUAACGUUGGAGCAUUAUUGAUAGCUACUAUCUAUAUGUUUAUUCAUGCUAAAACAAACCAUUAUUCCAUAAUAUAUCCUGGGAUUACAACAAAUAUUAAAUAUUUUCUACCUUAUGGCAUUCUCGGUUUAUUAAGUUCAACAACAAUUAGUUUCAAUGCUUUCGUUAGAUCCAGUGCACCAUCAUCACGUGCACAAGAAGUUAAACGUCCUCCUUAUAGUCUACCUGCAGCCAGUGUAACCAGCAUACUCGUCGUGGGACUCGUCACUACAUUAUCUGCAUUAGCACUGACAUUAUAUUAUCCAUGGUUUUAUGUCGACGCAGAAAAUGCAUUUUUAAAUGCAUUGAAAGAUAACAAAGAAUCUACUGGUGCAAAGUUUGGAAGAAUAUUCAUGUUUUGUUUAGUUGGCAGUGGGUUUGUACUUGGAUUACUCACCAGUUUGAUAUCACCAAUGUUGGCCAGUAUAAAUAUUUGUUUAGCUAUGGUCCAUGAUGGUUUUAUGCCAUUCAUGUUUUCUCGUGUUUGCCGACCCUUCAAGAGACCACUAAUGACGACAAUAUUCAUUAUAAUUUUCACAUGUUUGUUUAGUACAAUAUUUACUGUACAAAGUUUGGCAAGUUUUUUAAGUUUAGGCACAUUAAUUGCCUAUUGUAUUAGUGCUAUCAGUGUCUUAUUUCUACGUUAUCGAUCACAAGCAAAUGAUCCUGAAGAUAUAAAUGAAUAUGAUAAUGCUAAUUGUAAAGGUUUUGAAAACUAUCAGAAUGCAUAUUACAGUAAGCGAAUUGGUCAACCAGGAUUCAUUAAAAAGAAAAUUGGUUUCCGUUUAUCUGAUCGUAUGUUAAAAUUUAUCAAUUCUGGUGUUCCUGGUAGUAUGGUUGUUUUUUUAAUAUCUAUUUAUGUAAUAUUGAGUAUUGCAUUGGUUGGAUGUUUGACCUUUGGAGUGUCUGGUAGAAUAGCAUCAUUUAUGAAGAUCAUUGCUACUGUACUUACUGUUUUACUACUCAUGUUAACUAUCAUUUUCAUCAGUUUUAUUGAACAGUUCAAGUCAAAUGAUGCUAAUUUAUAUCGAGUUCCGUUGGUUCCACUGCUUCCUUGUUUUACAUUAACGAUAAAUCUACUCCUUCUUUCUCGAAUUUCAUGGUUCAGUUGGGUUCGUUAUGGUAUUUGGAUGUUACUCGGUUUAUUAAUAUAUUUCUUAUAUGGAAUUAAAAAUACUUAUCGAAUAUCAGAAGAAAAUGAAAGUGUAAUUUCAUCAAAUUGUCUUAGUGAUAUAGAAUAUGAAAAGAAAUUAUCAAAAAGUAAUUCAUCAACAGAUGAAUCAAUAGAAUUUGUUGAUCCAAUCAGAUUUUGAUCAAAUGAUUUUCAAUAUUAAUUGACAUGAAUUAAAAAUUCGAGAAAAAAAAUUUUUAUUUUUAUUUUCUAACAUCAUAUGAUUGAUUAAAUGAGAAACAGCAACAACAACAAACAAAAAAACAAAUUAGAGACAGAGAGAGAACUCAUGUUACAUUGCAUAGAUACAUAUAGUUCUUUCAAUCAUUUAAGAAGAGGAUAAGAAUAAAGUUUAUAACAGAAUAGUAUGGAUUCAUUUUAUUUAUUUAUUUCAAUAGAAUUCUGAUGUCAUAUAUGUAACAUUUUAUAUUAAAAAAACAAGAGACAAUAUCAUUUAUUAUAAAGAUUUUUGGU